CCCCUGCUGGGUUUCGCUUUUCGUCAAGGUCCGUGGACAUGUUUGCUUCGGUGGCAGGCAAUCAUGCCACGAGAAGGACGAUCUCGCCUACUCGGCGAGAUGGGCCAGAUGAAACUCUUGGCUUUGGUAGAGUUAAUCCGGGCAAGAAGGCAGAGGUCGCUUCGUCUGGCAAGGAAGGGCGAGUGAAGUAUGUCGAAGACCUCACGAAGGACCUGAUGAACAAGUCCAAGUACCAACUGGAGACCUUGUGCAAGAACGACAAGAUCAAGUACUUCAACAAAAAGCAAGCCUCUGCUGAUCUGGCCGAGAUCCGCGCACGAGAUGCCUACGGUGAUGAAUCUGAGGAAGAUGGUCUCGACAACAUCGUGGCAGAGACACAGGAGGAGAAUCCCUCCUGAUGAUCUAUCGUGUCGGCAUAUAUUUGGGAGUUGUGGUACUCCACUAUCCAGAUUCGUACCCAGGGAAAAUAUAGGGGUAAGAAAAGUGAAGACUUGGAAGCAUGAUCUAGAUUUCUGUUGGUCUUAUUAGCCUGGCUCGGGCAGAUUCCAGGGGGUGCUAAGUUUGUUGAUUCGUGGCUUGAUUUGAUUCUUUCUGGUGAGGAUAUCUUCUCUCCCACCAGCUCAUGUGUUUACGUGUUGAUUUCUCCGCAUUUCCAUGCCGCGUACAUUAGUUCGA